AUAUCCACACGUCAUUCUUUUGUCUUUAUCUUCACUCCACGUCAACCUUCCCAUCCAAAUAAUACCGAAAUUUCCAAUUUCACCCUCUAUCAAUCAUCACCGACACAACUAACCCUUAGGUUUCCGAUGAUCUCAAAAUCAAGUAUUCAAUGGCCCUAAUGUCAAAUUUUAGCGGAACCGGGACCGGCACCGCCGGUUUAGAUCACUUGAUAUUCCGGUUUGCCAGCUCAGCAGCCACGUGUCAUGGGUUCUGGCGUGAUGUGGCACUUGUAUUGCCGUCGGCUUUGUUUGUAGUGUACUUAGGGUUUCAUGGUAGGAGCAAUGUUAAGAAGCUUAGUCAUCGUCGGUCGUAUGUUAUGAUUGGAUACUAUGGUGUUUUGUGGUUUGCUGCUCUUUUAAAUCUUGCUUGGUGCUUUCUUCAGGUAUGGCAGUGCACUCCAGGGAAGCAGGUGGCUUGGAUUGUUCUGUCAAUGUUUGCAACGUCUUCAAUGUUAUUUCUGGAGAUUAGCAUAGUGGCGUUCUUACUCAGGGAGAACUAUGCGAGCUGUUUGGAGACUUUAGCACGUACAUUCAUGGUUUCAGGUCUUUUUGUUGGCGUGGAUUUACUGUUAAAGGUAAUUUUCAUAUUCGGAUUUGGUGUUCCGCUUUUCCUUGACGUGGAAAUAGCUGAUAGGGGGAAGUGGGGCGCCUGGUUCACCCACAAGCUGCUUCUUGUUAUAGCUUAUGGCUACAUAUUAUUUGUGCAUUUCUCUAAGUGGAGAGAUAAGCUGCCCCCACGACCAGCCUUCUACAAUUAUGUCAUUGUCAUGUUUGCAGCAACUGCUGUGAUGUUAUUUGCCUGUGGGCUUGCAGGCAUUGGGGCUCGCUUUGGACUUUGGUUGUAUAAUUUGGCAGUAGUUUGUUAUCACUCCCUUUAUCUUCCUUUUCUUUAUGUAACUUUCCUGGCUGAUUUUUUCAAGGAGGAAGAUUGGCUUCUGGACAGUGCAUACUACUCAGAGAUGAAGGAUGCAGGAUUUUUUGAUGCAGACUGGGAGUAAGCUUGUAAAACUGGUAUAAAAAUAAGCAAUUCGACUGUGUAAUUGUAAAUAUUAACUGGCAGCAGAGGCGAAUCCAGGAUUUAAAUUUUAUGGGUUCAAUCUAUAGAAUUUUAGCAUUGAACCCAUUAUAUUUUUAAAAUUAGGGGUUCAUAUCUA